UGAAGACGUCGAGCCCCGAACGCUCGUUAUUUUAUUUUAUUUUUAAAUUCCAUUCGACAAACUCAACGGACCACGUUGUCCGCUUGUAGUCAUAGCAACGGGACGCAAAUACACGCUUUAUGUCAAUCUUUCAAUCACCUUUUAUCACCGCGUGUUUAAAAAAUCUUAUUUUUUAUCGAUUUAUUUUCUACAUUUUCUUGUAAUGGAGGAAAUCGCUGGCCAAAACGUACAGAUUGUACUCAGCCUCAAAGAAGGGAACGGAUUCAGUCUCGUUGAAAAUCCUACAUUAAUCGUCGCGACUCUGAAUGGGCAAGCUCUGGAAUCGUAUCCUAUAAAUCCAGAAUUAAAUCCUCAAUACGCCACUGACUUGAUGUGGGAUGCCGACAAGGCGACUGUCAGGAAAAUGAGAGUGGGCCAUGUUCCGCUAAAAAUAGAAUGUUUUACUGUCAACAAUAACGGCGUUAGAGAAAAAAUUGGAUACAUUUUGCUUCCCUUACGUUCCGCGCAAAUAGUAGCUAGAGGUAAAGAUGCAAAUGUUAAAGUGAUGUGGCACAAAUUUCUCGGUGUUAAAAAUGAACUGAGAGCAUCAGGUCCUGAGUUACUGCUCAGUUUGACCAUAGAAGGAAGAGAAAAUCUUCCAGGCUCCAGCUGUGGCGGGCUCGAAGACAACGCGCAGUUGGAAAGAGAAACAGAUUCGUCAGCGGCGGGCGUCACACCUCGCCUUCUGCAUGAGGAACGCUUGAUACAAUUGGGUUCUGAUCCAACUUGCGUGGAUCUAUUUCUCCUCAGUAUCACAGCUGGGAGAGUCGAUAAUCUAGAAUACCUUCUUCAAAGAGGGUUCACGGAGUUCACGGAAAACUUUACUUUUUGCUACCAAAUAUUAAACAACGACAUACAACUGAAACCCUUUAAAAAAGAUCACAAGCCUCAUAAUCUGAAUGAAAAAAUAGUCAUCCGAAUACGAAGCUCUCUAAACGUACUGAAAAACUAUUUCCACAAAAAUCCAUAUCUUUUCGUUCAACUCCGAUACGGGAACAGUGUAGCUGGACGAUCGAAGAUAGAUCUUCGUCCCCUGGUUCCGAGUGACAAUAUAGAUCUUUCAAAAAACUCCAACGACAACGGUAUCGCUUUAGAUCAGCAAUGCUAUCUGGACAGCAAUGAUUACGGACAAACCAUUGCCCCAGGGGAAAGCCCUUCGAUAAAUAUUCAGUUAAGGCUACAAUGUGUUGGGAAAAACAACUCGAAUUCCAAAAGUAUUUCAAGUACUGCGAUUCCGAGUACAAUAAACAAUGCUGGAACCGAUGACGUUGCGUCAAAGUUAGUCAGUAAUUGUUGGACCAGACCAGCGGAGGUCGAUACUAAAGCUGCUCAUCGUCUAAUUGAAGAAAAGAGAUCGGAAAUCGAUGCGCACAGAAAUCCUGGUGGCGAUUAUGGAAAAUGUAUUAAAAUACACCAACCUACCAUGGGCUAUAAAGCUCCGAACAAGCAUUCGCUCAGUUGUGAAAUCAUCAAACAACCAACUCCCGAUUUAAUAUUUUCUCAGUCUGCGGAUGCAAUAUUACACUCUGCUGCUGGCAAGGAGUGUUCGAGAAGCAUUGAAGCUUACCGUUGCUACAGCUUGGAAAUUUCACUGGACAGCGUAGAGCUUUCGGAGGAGUUUAAGAUAGAAAAUUUGAAUUUCCGUUUUCAUCAUCCUAAGGCAAAAGUUAUGUCAACCUUGCAUCCGAAAAUUCCCGGGCCAUUGAAGAAAAAAUUAAUGCUCCAGGACAUCCAAUGCAAACUACACUUUGUAUCAUCCGUAGAUGAGAUAGGAAAGCUCUUGGUCGCCUUUCCACCAAAAAUCAGUAUUUGUGAGGCUGACGAUACUUCCAAUGUCAGUUUGGCCCAAGCUGUUCUCGACGUUAGACAAUUAUUUGACAAAAUUGAGCCAGGGUGCAAAAUCCGGGUGCCACUGGUGGAUUCUGAUCGCCAUGAAGUUGGCAUUUUAGAUGUGAUAAUGAAGCUGGAAGACUGCGGGCCUUACUAUAAGUCAAAGCGAAGAAAAUCUGAUGUAGAUUUGGGCCCUCCGAUAUUGGACGAUAGCUUGGCUUACAAAAUCGUCGAAGAAUUGGAAACGUGGAAGGAGAGGCAGCAGGAAAUGUUCAGGGUCGAGCUCAAACGUAAAGAAGAACAGCACUUGAAUCUCUUGAGUGACGAGUGGCAGAAGCGGAGGGAAGCCUUGGAAAUGAGAUUGAAUUGUAGCGUCGAACAAUGUAAGAUGCUCGCCAAUAGUUUGAAUAACGCCACGGAAGACUUGCGGGUCAGGCGACUCAAAAGUUUGGAAAAAGAGGCUAGGCUGAUAAAAGCAAACGAAGAUUUGCAGUGGAGAUAUGAUCACAAGAUGCAGGAACUGAGAGAAGCUUCCCAACGUCUGGAAGAUGAUCUUAAUCAUAAGUUGUCUAUCUUAGAGCAACAGAGAGAGGUUCUAGAGGCAAAAGUAGGACCGUUAGAAGUGGAAAACGAUAAAUUACGACAGAUUGUUAAUCGGCAAGUCGAGGAAUUGGAGAUCUAUCAGAAGGGAUCUUUGACGCAGGAUCAAACAGCUUCUUUACUCCAGGAUCUCAAAAGAAUGGAGGAAAAAUUAAACAGUGCUCUGAAAAGCAAAUCGUUUUUCAAAGAACAGUGGGGUAAAGCAGUACGAGAGAUUCAUAGAAUGAAAAUGGAACAUCAACAAGCCGUGGAAGUUCACAUUAAAAAUAGCAAGGAAGAAUUAAAAAAUAUCAAUUUGGAGGACGUUCUGUGUAUGGAUUCCAAGGAAUUGAUGAACGAUCAAAUUCUACUCGGGCAAAUACAGAAGGAAAUAAAUGUGAUCAAGCCGCAAUCUUCCUUCAUACAGAUGGAGAUGGAAGACCAAAUGUAUUCACGUCCCACAAACUUGUAUACCAAGUCCAACCACAGCAUGGUUAGGUCAGAGAUAUCAAUGAAAUCGGAAGAACUCGAUGAACGGUUGAAAAAUUUAAUCGAAGAACGUGAUUCUUUGUUAAAAACUGGAAGUUACUCGAUAGACGACGCCGUUAUUGUGAAACUCAACAACGAAAUCAGAUCACUCUUGAUCACCAGCUGAAAGAUCAUCGAGGGAAGACCCAGCAAAUGGUACAUCCUGCUAAAAAUUCAAGUAAUUUGAUUGCGUCAAAUCUAUUGAAUACUGCAACCAUCUUACACGAACUUUUUCUCAUGGCACGGUGAUCACUUUCGAAAACAGAAACUGAGUCAUUUCAUGGAAUAUGUAAACAUUUUGAUAGUACAAAUAUAGGUCACUUUUUCAUAAA